UUCAGACAGUCUUUAUUAAGAUCACCACCACCCUUCUUCUUUUUCUUCUAAAUUUGGUACAGGGAGAUUUCAAUGGCAAGGGCAAAUCAUCAUUUGGUUAGCAUGAUCUUGAGUUUUUUUCUUUCUUCCGCAGCAUUACAGUUCAACAGCAUUCAUUGUGUUACUACUCUUGAUAGAAACUCAUUUCCUCCUGAAUUUGGUAUUGGUUUCAGUACUUCUGCUUAUCAAGUUGAAGGAGCAGCUCAUGAAGAUGGAAGAGGACUUAGCAUCUGGGAUACUUUCUGCUCAAUUCCAGGAAAGAUUGUUGGAGGAGGAACUGGAGAUGCAGCAGCUGAUGUUUAUCAUCGUUACAAGGAAGAUGUACAAAUUCUCAAGGACUUGGGGACAAAUCUUUACAGGUUUUCAAUAUCUUGGUCUAGAUUAUUCCCAAGAGGAUCUACAAGACAUGGACAAGUGAACCCGAAAUCCGUUCAGUAUUACAACAAUCUCAUAAAUGAGUUAAUUCAGAAUGGUAUUGAACCUAUGGUGACGAUUUUUCAUUGGGAUGUGCCGCAAGUUCUUGAGGAUGAAUACGGAGGUUUCAGAAGCAAGCGGAUACUAGAUGAUUAUAGCGAGUUUGCAGACUUUUGUUUCAAAGAAUUUGGCGACCGGGUGAAGAAAUGGGUGACGGUAAACGAACCGUCAAUAUUUGCAACUCAUGGUUACCAAAAUGGUAUAAACGCUCCUGGGAGAUGCUCACCAAAUUUUGGAAACUGCACGGAAGGGGAUUCCGCAAGGGAACCUUACAUUGUUUCGCACAAUCUUUUGCUUGCUCAUACGCGUGCGGUCAAAAUCUACCGAUCUAAAUAUGAAAAAAUGCAAAAGGGAAGUAUCGGUAUCUCCUUGCACUCGGACUGGUAUCUGCCUUAUUCAUCUUCUAAAUUGGAUGCUGAUGCAACUCAGAGGGUUAUUGACAACACACUAGGCCUAUUCUUGGACCCGAUAAUGUCCGGUGACUACCCUUCAUCAGUGAAGCGAAUUGUAGGAGAUCGGUUGCCAGUAUUUACAGAACAAGAAUCUAUUGAUAUUAAUGGCUCUUUCGACUUCAUUGGGGUGAAUCAUUAUGUUACAGUUUAUGUCAUGGACAAUUCUACGGCCCUUCCUCCGUCUGAAAGCAGUGAUUAUCCCACACCUGACGACCCCCAACUCCCAGAUACUUUUGCCAUCACAACAAGUAGGAAGGAUGGAACUGAGAUUGGACCUAGUGAAGGAGGAGUCACAUAUUGGAGAGCAUAUCCUCGAGGACUAAAGUUACUUCUGAAUUAUAUCAAAACAAAAUACCGAAACCCUCCAGUUUAUGUAACUGAAAUAGGUUACGUGGCUUUAGAUGAAGGACAACCACUCGAGAACAUUCUCAACGACACUGACAGGAUUCAAUUUAUCGAGGAUUCUCUAAGAUAUACGCUUGAGUCUAUGAGCGAGGGAGCUGAUGUCCGAGGCCUUUUGUUAUGGUCAUAUAUCGAUAAUUUUGAGUGGGACAGCGGUUAUCCAUUCCGUCUAGGACUAUAUUAUGUCAACUACACCGAUAUGCAGCGCAUCCCGAAAGCAUCAGCAUUUUGGUUCAGAGAUGCUAUGAAUCUCAAACUAAGGAAGAAGACAACAAUCAUGGAUCCACCUCUUCAAUUCGGAAGAUUACCCUAUACCAGUAGAUCAUCAUCUUCGUAAUAAAUGAACCUUGGAAAUUCACUCAAGGUCAACACACAUUUUUAGUAUCAACAUUCGACACCCUCAAAACAAGUCAUCCAACAGAGGUCCAGGAUUUUUCUUUUUUGUUUACAGAUUAUAGUGUUAAACCAUUGCUGUUAAAUAUGGAGAAAGAUAAUGAAAUUUUGUUGUAAUUCAGAUAAUAGUUGUACAAAUUUGAAGCACAUGAGUUGUAUUGCGCAUUUGGUUGCUAAAGCUAAAUAAAGGUUGUGGCUUGGUGCUCC